ACAUCUUGUCGUCACACCCGGAAAACCGUCGGCACCGCGAGAUGGUCGCUUCCGUUAGAGGGACCACCCAGUGCAGGACUUAUAUCACCCGGGGAUACAUGGGCAUUAUUCGGUCACCUUUAAGAAUACUAGAAUUGACACAUGAGUCACUUUGUAUACUGAAAGCUAGUCAAUAAAUAACUUUUAAUUUAGCAGAUCAGAGAACCAACAUGUCGGCUUCCUCAUCCCAGAAAGGCUCAGCAUCAGCCUCUAACUCACCUGCUUUUGACGCUUUCCCUUUUGCGGUGCCGGGCAGAACUUCCGAGGACAACUCCGGCGGGGAGCAGCAGCCAACGGGCGGCGUGAAAAAGAAGCCGUGCCGCGCUUGUACGGACUUUAAAACGUGGAUGAAGACAAACAAGCAGCAGACGACAGCUGCUGUCCAGGAGUCUCAAACUGAGCUGGAGCCGCAAGAACCCGAGUGUCCACUGGACAGGCAAGAGUUGGGCCGCAACACCUGGUCCUUUCUGCACACCAUGGCCGCUUAUUACCCUGACAAACCAUCUGUCAGCCAGCAGCAAGAGAUGGGCCAGUUCAUUAACUUGUUCUCCAAAUUCUUCCCAUGUGAUGAAUGCGCAGAAGACCUGAGAACCAGAUUAAAAAGCAAUCAGCCGGACACCAGGAGCCGUCACGCUCUGUCCCAGUGGUUCUGUCGACUCCAUAACAACAUCAAUGUGCGUCUGGGCAAACCCGAGUUUGAUUGCUCCCGAGUUGAUGAGAGGUGGAAGGAUGGAUGGAAAGAUGGCUCCUGUGACUGAAAGGGGGGGAAAAAAAAACCUUCCCAGAACAUUUGAGUGUGGAUGUGUUCCGCUUUGGAGCAACGUCACGUGAAAUGGAAUUCAUUUGUCAUGGAGCUUGUUGUUUACCAAUAUAUUUUGUUCCGUAAACAAAAUUGAGGGUGCAAACAAACGGACUUUGUAUUUUGCAUCAAAGGGUUACUAUCACUAGCCACCAGAAAUUACUUAUUCAGUUAGUGUAAGUGACAGAACAUGUGGACACACAGCAGGACACAGAGGAAUCUCUUAAAUUGGCUUUCCCACAAUUUUUACCUUUUUUUUCUUUUUUUAAAUUGGGUGCAUGUCAUUUUGGUGUGUAUAAUAAGUGGUUAAAGAUCUCCCAUGUUAUAAGGUAAAAUGAGUCAUUUUGAUCAUCUGUAUUUUCAUAAUCGUUCUCAUUUUUGCAUUGUACUGCGUUUAGUCUGAUCGUUCAUAUUCUUGGCGGAUAAGGCUGAUUUAAUUAUCACAACAAAUUCUGAAUUAAAGGGUGUUUUUUUUUUUUUGCAACAACACUAAGUUAUUCUGUAUAAUGAGGUAACUUUUUAUGUCUGGAAAUAUUAGCAUAACCCUUUGAAAUUUUGAACUGGAUUAUCGCAUUGAUUCCUCAUUGGUAGCAGUUAGUCUUGUGCAGGCCAAACGACAUCUCAGGUAAAAUGCGACAGAAUCUGUA